AUGAAGACUGCGUACCCUGAAUUGGGAAUGCUGGGGGGUGGGGGGCGGAACUCAUCGAGCAACUUUGAUCGCGCGUCCGCUGCGUACCUAUGGCUUGCCGACACCGAACCGACGACCAGAGGAAGCUGGGAGUCGAAUCGCGUAACUUCAGCGUCUAUUCGAAGUGGCGAUGUUAUCACCUUCACGACAAACGAUCCCGAAAAACUAACCCUCCCCUCGGUUGAUAUUUUAUGGAUGCAGUGGAACUUGACCAGGGCGUUGGCUCUAUGUGGUGCUGGAGAAGCGCCUGAAGACUUGUACACUGAUCAUAACAAAGUGGAAGGAAAAGAAGACGUCCUGGUACGACAAGAAGAGGAGGACGAGGAGAAUGAGAGGGUUCAGGAAGAAGGAGAUUUCGUAGAGGUUCUACCUUGCGGCACUACGCCUAGACAAACUCGCCGGGCUGGGGAGAAUCGCUCGCCUAGGGAUGUUAAACAUAACGGAGCAAGGGCUGGCACUCCGUCCGCGAACAAAUGUGCAGUAGUUUACUUUCUCGGUUGCUCCAUUGCAUUUUCAAUCCUGGAAGAACGUACCCCUGCUAUACGCGAGCUUGGAUUCUCCUCAACGCUUGCACUACUAGAGGUGUACUUAGGCUUAAAUGGAUGGUUGUGGUACUACGUCAAGCAUUAUGCCGCCCGUGCGAGGUCUCUUUAA